AUGCGCCCGAAACUCACCAAGCGAGCCUGCGACGAAUGCAUUACCCGCAAAGUUAAGUGCAGCGGCGCCUGGCCCUGCGACACAUGCCGCAGUGCCCCAAAACAGGUGAAAUGCACAUACCUGAAACCGGCGCGUAGAAGAGGCCCCAAAGUUAGACGUCACACGGGCAAAAUCGAUUCUGUGAGCUUUGUUUCGGGGACGGAUGCUUCUACUUCGUUGAAUGUCGGUGCUUCGAACGAAAGUCAUGUUGGACAUAGGACGAUCUCUCGGUCAGUUCUCGAAACGGUGGUGCAUUGGUACCAGCAUUCAUCGUACAGUGUUUGGCCAGUAAUUGAUGCGGAGGUGCUUUUGCGGCGACUCGCGGACGACGACGAUGGCCAUGACACUGAUGUUUAUUGUCUCGCCACGGCGCUUUGCGCGGCGACGAUGGCGCAACUGCAGCUCCCACCAUUGACCGAUGACGGACAGGUUGUUGAUUGUGUUGCAAUGGCGAGUGAGUGCAUGAGGUUGCGUGAGGAGAGCAAUUAUAGAGAAAAUCUCGACAUGAAGAGUAUUCUUGUUUCGUUUUUCUUGCAUGUGUAUCAUGCGAAGAUCAAUAAGCGGAACUCGGCGAUGAUGUUCAUACAGGAGGCUAUCUCUGGCGCGAGGCUUUUGAAGUUAGAUGAAUGGGACCGUGAGACAAGGGCUGGUGGUGAUGAAGCCAUUGCGAAUGAGGAUAUUUUGUUCACUCUUCUCUGGGUUUCGGAGAGGGGCUAUGCAAUGCAUCUCGGACUCUUACCAUCGUAUACGAGCCCGAUUCGCUUACCGGAGGGAAUAUAUUCAGCAGGCAAUGAGCAUGCUCAAGGCUUACUGGAGCUAGCUAAACUCUUCGCAGCUUUUGAUAGCGUCUCUCUCAAGCGGAGUACCGGUGCUUUGAAUCCUGAUGUAAUCUCGACCGAUUGCCUUACGGAUACGGAAGCGGCGUUGUCUAUGCUUGCGCUAGGAGAGGGCGGCAGAGCAUCUGUCCGGAUGGCGGACUACUGCAUUACUAAGGAAUGGAUGAGGACUAUCAUCUGGCAGGAAGCAUUGUCUCGACAGAUGUUAUCCUCCAAAGCGUACUCCGAGCUUCUUACAUUCAAGUUCCCAACCCGUGUCAGUCGGGACCUCUUGUAUUCAUUACAAGGUUUCUCCGAGUUUGAUUUGUUGCCUCUGGGUCGUGAUCAGUUAUUGAAGUGUUUCGAAGUAACAAACUCACUUGCUGAUGUCGUGUUGUAUACGCCCUCAGUUUCAUCAUAUGAGCUUCGAUUAGGGCCUCAGGACUUUUUGCAUGCUUUGUACCAAAAGCUUCUUCCAUUUUUAGAGCAGGAUGCUAUGCUUAAGUCUAUCUUGCAUGCGAAGACUGCGGAAGCUUUGGUAACAGCACCUGCUCGGUUGUUAAGAUUUUAUGAUGAACAAAUAGCGGAUGACGAGAGCACUAUGUAUGAGUAUCUGGACCGCUCCAUAUAUGAUACGGCUGUAUUCAUUUCACAAGGUCUCAAUGAGAGUUCAUGA